CUUGGGUCACCCCGGCGGCCACGGCUGAAGCCGCCUCGAAAUUCCAUUCAGAAGCACCACUGGACAUGUCUGACGCUGAGCCUAGGCGGACCUACACCUCGGUGGCCUUCGCAGAAUACAGGUGGCAUCUUCUCCCCCUCCACCCCCCUCGCCUGGGGCCUCCAGACGGUGGUUGCGGUCCCCCAGUGCUGUCAAGAGUCGAGUCAGGAUGAACAAAAAGGUUGGUCCCGGGGAAGGGGUCGAGUGGUUUGUUGGAUGUCUUUGCAAGCAAACGAAUCUACGCCUGUUCCUGGCUAGCGGCGCUUCAGUCGCCCUAUGCAGGGCGACUCGGUGCUCAUGGUCUUCGAGCGCGACUGCGAAAUCCUUGGCCAGGGCGCCCUUCCCGCGACGCAGCCAGACGCUGAGCUGCCUUGUCCUGAGGUGCCAGAGCCCGAGGACGAGCAAGACUGCGACUACGACGACCUGUGCGACUCUGCGCUGGUGGACUUCGAGCUGGAUUUGAAGUUGCUCUGUGACGUGGUGCCGGAGCCGGAGGGCGAGCAAGACCGCGCUUACGAUCAGUUGUACGCCUCCCAUUUGGCGGACCUCGAGGAGCUCAACUGGUGCCUGCUUGGCGAGGUGGAGUUGACGGCCUGUCGGCAACUGUCUUGCGCGAGCCUGCACGAGAGGCUCAUCCUGAGGGUCCGCAAGACGGUCGCGGACUACGUGUUCUGGGCGAUCUGACCCUCGUGGGGGUUUUCGCGGGCUGUGCGAGUCCGCGCGCGGGAGGAAGAAGAACUUCCCCCUUUUUGUCGACAACUCUGGCGCCAGCGUUGGCGUCCCGCUCUCUGGGAAAUCUACUUCGGAAGCUGGCAACCUCGGCACUGCCGCCAGUCUAGAGUCUAGACCCCGCUCAACAUGUCCCCUUUGGCGGGCGUUCGUGCCCUCCUGGUGCCGGACUCAGGGGACGAGAGGGGGGUACUCUGCCGCACUUCUUGGUGGCCAGGCUCGGUGGUAGUGCAUGCGUUGCUAGAUUCCUGCCGUUGCCGACCACGGUCCCAAUCGUGGCUUGAUUUGACAGGCUGUCUGACACGUUUGAAGUGCUUGUUCGAAUUCAUGCAUGCAUGCCUGCCAGAGGCUAUCCGUGGUUGUCGCCAGCCUCUGCGGGCGGCUCGCAGAAGGACGGGGGGGCGCGAUGGUGGCACCCGUUUCAGAAGACGAGAGGCUUAGUGAAACGGCCAGGAUGUUUCUGAGACGGUGCUUUUGAAGGCUGGAGGGAUUCUAAGAAGCCACCAGUCUUCGAUUUCGCAGAAGCCAGCAGUACGCCACCAUGCCAGGCCAGGGCCCUCCUGGGUUCUAGGACAGCGUGAAGAUCUUCGUGGCCUCUGCCAGGAGGUCUUAUACACCAUGCCAGGGCCAAGGAUGGCUCUUGGCCAUGGCAUCUACAUGCCUUGCCCGCUCAGACAAGCACAAACACUCAUAAUGUGCCCACCGACCCUUUCCUGAGCGCAUCCUGGUCAGUGUUCCGUCCCGGACUGAUCUUGAGGCCACACAUGGUCCCUUGGAGGCAGAAAUUUGGGGAACAAUUGUUCGCACCUCGGCCCUGGCCGCCGCAAGGUGCCCCCUUCCGGCGACGCUGGAGGGGAGAGCACCCUCCGCUUCCGCACGCCGCCCAGUCGUGUGAUCAGUGCCCAGAUCGAUCCGUAGCACUGAAUGCUCCUUGCGGCUCGGAGAGCGCGAGGGCCGAGCCGACCGCCCAUCGCGUUGAUCGGCUGGAUCGAUCCAGGUCGUCGGCUACACGCGGGAGGUGGUUUCAAGAGCUUCGCAUGCGCGGGAAUGCCCCAUCCACCAUCCACUUGUGCAGCAAUGUAUUUUCAAUUUUGCAUGUGGGA